UGUGUGAAUUGCUCGCACGUCCAUAAUAAACUACGCAUUUUUGCCAGUCUGUCAACAUGUCCAACUCCAAUAUUAAAACCUAAAAGCCAUCAAAACUCCACCACCUCCCCCCACUCCCCCACCCCACAGCAACUCACUCCGGCGACCCUCUCCGCCACUUUUUCCGGCAGCAUAUACAGCAAGCUAGAUCCGGCACCCUUUUACGUCUUCUAUCGCCAUGAAAGGAUAGAUAAGGGCCCGGGGUUACAAUUUGCGAGUGAGUUGGCUCAUAUUUCAGUAGGGUUUUUAUAUCAUGAUGGAGACCAGGCUUCACCAGAAGCAAGAAGAGCUCUCGGCCGGGACGCCGCCGCCGGAGAAUGGUGUUGAGUCGCCGUUGUCCGGCGAUGAAGCGGCGGAAGUUAGCACCCCGUCUCCUAGGAAAAGGAGAGGCGCACAGAAGAGGGUGGUUUCCAUGCCGGCCGGCGACGGCGACGGAUCACGGAGUAAAUCGGAGGUUUAUCCUCCGCCGGAUUCUUGGUCGUGGCGGAAGUACGGCCAAAAACCCAUUAAAGGCUCCCCUUAUCCCAGGGGAUAUUAUCGAUGUAGCAGCUCAAAAGGAUGUCCAGCUAGGAAACAAGUUGAACGUAGCCGCCUGGACCCCACCAUGCUCCUCAUCACCUACUCCUCUGACCACAACCACCCUCUCCCCACCAAAACCCACCACCAUUACGCCGCCGCCGCCGCCGCUACCACCACCACUUCCGCCGCCACGACGCCUACUGAUUCCGCCGCGGAUCACCCCGGCUCGCCCAAGCCGGAGCUGGCCAUCUUCGCCGACCCGGACCCGGAGAACAACAGCUUCCCGGAGCUCGCCGCCGGCGAGAUGGGGUGGUUCUCCGACGUGGGGUCCUGCUGUUUUAUGGAGAGCGCGGCGUUUGCGGCGGGGCCCACGGUUUGUCACGACACCGACGUGGCGCUCACGUUGCCUAUUAGGGAAGAGGACCAGUCGUUGUUCGGCGAUCUGGGCGAGCUGCCGGAGUGUUCGGUGGUGUUCCGGCGGUGUAGAGUGGAAACGCCGUGCUUUGCCGGCACCGGAUAAGAUUGGGGAACAGUAACAUGGGACAUUGUUUAGGGAGUCAGAUUUCCACGGCGAAGAAUAAAAUUCUGCCACGUGGCCCCCCUGUUGCGCCACAUUAUGCGGAGAGAUUUUAACUCUUAGUGGACAUUUUUCUCUUUUUUAUUUUAUUUUAUUUUAUUUUUAUUUUUGUAAAGAUUUUGUAAUAUUUGAAAAAAAAAAUGGAAAAAAAGAAAAAAAUAAUACUUGCAAUGCUUUUCUUUGAAAACUAA